AAGAGGCAGAGAAAUGCGACGACGAGGCGAAUGCUGGCCAUUGUCAACGCUCCCGGUUUUUUUUUCUCUCGAGGUGAAAGGACGCGUUAGGUUCCCCCCAACUACAACAAACUGUUUUCACGGUCCCGGGAACCGGAAGAGUUCCGUUGGAUAUCGACGGUUCAUGUCGAAAAGUGCGAUACACGUCAGCCGCUCUAGGGUAUGCAUUGCGGCUCUUUGCUCGUUCGUGGUUGUCACGGAGGCCAUGGGAAAUGGUCCGAGCACGUCCGGAACUAGUCAGGUGCAAAGGCGUCGGAGCCCGGAGUUUCGUUUCCCAUUCUUCUACCAGCAGGGAUACAGAAGUGGACAGUACUUGAUGAGGCUGUCCGAGCAUGGACUGGGUGUUGUUAUGGUGCCUCCGCAAGUUCAUCAAAAGGCCAUCACUAUCCGAAACGAUGUGAACUUGAAGAGGGGAACUCUGCGGCUGGAGGAGGAUAAAGAGAACGCGGGGAAGCACUUGGUGUCGUUUUUAUUCGAUGCAGCCGUUCCUGGGAGCGCUUCGAUCCUGUUUCUCGCUGGCCCCGGCCCGAACUUUAGCCUUGUUCCUCUGAAGCCGCAUUUGUUUCGGCCUCAGCGUGUCACCUUUGACAAGGGACUGGGACAGAGGUUUUGUCAGCUUCCAGGAUCAGGUGUCAAUCUCUCUCUCUUUGAGGCUGACGACUUAUCCAAGGACGGGAAAGAUGAAGUUUUCUCUUUGGUUGUCAGACUGGAGUCGAUGCCAAAGGAGCAGUCGAGCGAUGCCUCGUUACCAGUCGGUGGCCCUCUGCCGCGGAGUAUACACGCACAGACAACGUACGUUCUUUUGGAACGGAAGGCUAGCGGUCAAUAUGGAGUUCGAGUGUUGAAGCAGAUCAUCUGGGUUGAAGGAACACGCUACGAGCUUCAGGAGAUAUAUGGUGUUGGAAACACCGGUGACGGACAUCCUGACAAACACGCAGGCAGGGAAUGCGUCAUUUGUCUCACAAACCGUCGAGACACCGCGUUGCUACCUUGCAGGCACAUGUGUAUGUGUUCCGAAUGCGCCAGGAUUUUGCGAUUCCAAACGCAGCGGUGCCCGAUUUGCCGUUGUGUAGUUGACAAGCUCUUGGAAAUAAAAGUUCCAAGAGCCGAGGACGAUGACUUGGAGAAUAGACUCGACUAGCUCGGAUUUUCUACGAGAGCUUUUCUGUGCUCUACUCAGGCAUGGGCUCGUGUAUCGUCCGUGCUGCAAAUGUUGCCGCGUCCUGGAGGAGGAGGUAGUGCCCGCCUUACAGGUGGCGGCGGUGUUCCGGCUACAGGCGGUGGAGGAGCUUGGAGAACUGGACUUGGUGUCGAUGGCGAAGGGGCCAGGGAAGGCACACGCGCAACCAGAUGUCCAUCUUCAGAACCAGGAAAUUCAACCGAUGCUGGAGAGCGUGGAGCUUCUACAGGAUGAGUAACAGCUUCUAGAGUCCGUGGAGAAUGGAAGUAUUCGGGAAAAUGGAAGUCAUGAGGUGACGGGGAAUGAGGAAGUUCCAUGGGUGCUGGAGAAUGGGGAGCUUGGACGGGUGGUGGAGGAUCCGGAAGAGCUUGUGGUGUCGCUGGCGGCGGCGGUCGAAUUAUGAGCCGCUUGGCUGGUGGCGGCGGUGAGUGCACUGGUGGUGGUGGUGGUGGUAAAUUUUUGCGGUGGGGUGGUGGAUUGUAAGGAAGGUGACGGGGUUGUUUAUGACGACGGUGAUGGUGAUGGUGUCGAUGAUGGUGAACAGUGGGACGGUCGAUGUCACAGGAACUGGGAUAGAAGGCGAACCGGAGUGUUGACGGGUGUCUGAUGUUGAGGGUCUUCAAGGAGGGAUAGCGGGGAAGAGCUUUCGAGCACGAUUUUGGCAAGGAGGACUUGUCGACUCGGACCUUGCACUUUGUGACGCUCGGCUGACGGAGGCUGAAGUGGAUAAAACGAGGCGAACACCUGCCGGGAGAAGUCAGGAGUGUUCUUACAAAGCUGGAAAGCGAAAGCGUACGUACCUGCGAUGCCUUUGAUCGAUCGGAAGCAGUCGAAGCAGAGGACGCUUGCGGCGAAGCUCGUGGUGGAGUGAUGCUGCUCGUGGUGGUGGUGGUGGUGAAGAGCUCGAGAAUCUCUCCAUAGCUCCGAGGCUUGCGUGCUCGCUAGAGCGAAGAAGAGAGUGAGCAGCAGCCAAGAGGCGAGAGAUAGCCUCAUGGUUAAAGUCGGAGUCACUUGGACACACAUCUAAGAGCGCAAUAGCGCGUGCUGUCCUCGCGAUGAAUCCAUUCUCUUGGCAUGCAAAGGUUGGUAACAAGAGAAAUCUCUCCCUCUCUUCUAAUAGUUUCCUGUGUUCCAGGAUUGUAGACUAGAUUUGGAACGUCAAAAGAGUUACAGUGGAAGGUUAUCUAGACCGAGAAGGAAACUAGUUAGAUCAGCAGGGUGGUGGUGGCGGUGGCGGCGGCGGCGGUGAUGGUGGUGGUACGAUGGUUCUCGGUGGAAGUGGGUGAAGUGGUGGUAGCGGUAGCGGUAGUGGUGGUGGUGGUGGCGGUGGUGGAGGUGGCGAUGGUGAUGGUGGUGGCGGAGAUGGUGGUGGCGGUGGUGGCGGAGAUGGUGGUGGGGGAGAUGGUGGUGGUGGUGGUGAUGGGACGGGUGGCGGCGGUGAUAACGAUGAAAAGGGUGGUGGAACAAAGCGAGGAGGCUGUGGUUUUGGCAAGUGUGGAUGACCAUGGUUGCAGUGGGACUCGAAGUUAAAGCUGCUGCAGCGAUAGAAAUCGAAGCCUUGACGGAGCCCCGAGACGUCGAUCUCCUCCACGGCGGACUCCGGGCGGCAGGACUCUGGCAGGGAGUCGCUGUCUACUCCAAGCUUGCAUUUCUUGGAUCUCCUCCGGUUGAAAGUAACGUCGAUCCAGAAAUUUCCAAAGAAGCUGGUCUCGCUCUCGGCCGAGGCGGAGCCGCACGACACUGUCACGCGGAUGCCUUCAUCAAACAUGUCUCUCACAGUUAGAAUGGAAACAGCACGAAAGAAGUGGAAGAAACAGAUACCUGGAACUCCCUGCGCAGCCAACGAGAAGCAACGCUUGCAACUCACUCGUCCCGACAGCCUCAAGAACUGCAAGUCUGGAUCUCGGCGAACAGGAACCGGCCAUGGAUUGCGUCCCGGGAGGCGAUGGUGCCAAGGAAAAUGCCACUGAGAUGAAACUGCUGGCAAAAAAACUAGAGCGACCAGCAGAUUAGCAACACUCAUCGCUGAGUCACGGUAAAACUCCACCGAGAGAGGUAUGUGCUUAUAUAAAAAAACAAAGGCCUUAA